AUGAUAGGUGGUCGCAUUUUGUUUGGCUGAGCGGCCGCGCGCACUAAAUUGAGGAGUCUUCGCGUUUCCUCCCCUUUAGGGAUUAAGGCGGGCGAUGGCCACCCGGUGCGCCGCAGAGCAGCACUCACCGCCACGGUGACACCGAACUGCACCGGAGCCUCUGUGUCGGACUGAGCCUCCGCAAAACCCUGCAUUAUAGCGAGCCCUCCAGCCCUCACUGGAUACUCUGCUCUCCCAUCUCUCUCCCACAUUCUGACACUGCAAACUCUCUGCACAUUUUCUGCGUAAUAGGAGAGUCCAACAGAACGGGAGAGCGUUUUCCCUCUCCAAACCCUUCUUGUGGAAUUCCGAAGACCAACGGCUUGUGCGAUUUGUAGAGGACUUUGAGAAGAAGCGACAUUACUUGCUAUCACCUUCUUCUCAAUCUCUCUCUCUCUCUUUCUCUUCUCACGUCACUGCUCAGCUAAGCAGUGCGUCAGCGGAGCAGAGAUGACGACCGAGACCUCUCAGCAGAAGCUGGACCCACCGCCUCCCCUGAGGUCCAGCCCAGCCUCCGGUGUCCUGCAACCCGCCAUGAUGAGCCCACAGGCCGCCAUGGACAGUUCCUCGACCGGGGCCAAAGGCAAGAAGGCGAGCUCCGGACUGAGGCGACCAGAGAAGCCUCCCUACUCCUACAUUGCGCUCAUCGUCAUGGCGAUACAGAGCUCACCCACCAAGAGGCUGACGCUAAGUGAGAUUUAUCAGUUUCUCCAGGCCCGGUUCCCCUUCUUCAGAGGAUCCUACCAGGGCUGGAAGAACUCCGUCCGGCACAACCUUUCCCUAAACGAGUGCUUCAUCAAGCUGCCAAAAGGGCUGGGUAGGCCGGGCAAAGGCCACUACUGGACCAUCGACCCGGCCAGCGAGUUCAUGUUCGAAGAGGGCUCGUUCCGCCGCAGACCCAGGGGCUUCCGGAGAAAAUGCCAAGCCCUGAAGCCCAUGUACCGGAUGAUGAACGGGAUAGGCUUCGGUACGACCAUUUUACCGCAGAGCUUUGAAUUUCAGGCGCCCGGGUCUCUGGCGUGUCAUAGCAACAGUUACAACUUGGACAUGAUGACCAACUCCAUGGCAGGUGGCUACGACGGGCUUAGCGGCCACCACGUACCUCACAUGUCCCCGAGCCCCGGGUCCACGUACAUGGCCAGCUGUCCGGUAACGUCCAACGGGGACUACGGUGGACCGGACAGUAGCAGCAGCCCUGUGCCCUCAUCCCCGGCUAUGGCCAGUGCGUUAGACGGUCACGGUCAUUCUCCAUAUGCCAGUACCUCCGGACACUGGGCGUCUCCCGGCGGCUCCCCGUACAUCAAGCAGCAGCCUCUAGCCUCCAGCAGCCCGGCGUCCUCUGGGCUACACUCUGGCAUGUCCCCCUACUCCCUGGAGCAGAGCUACCUCCACCAGAACGCCAGGGACACCGCCGAUAUCUCAGCAGGUAUCCCUCGCUACCAGAGCCACUCCUCACCCGUUGUCGACAGGAAGGAUUUUGUCCUGAAUUUUAACGGCAUCUCCUCGUUCCAUCCAUCAGCCAGUGGAUCUUACUAUCAUCAUCAUCACCAUCACCACCAUCACCAAAGCCUUUGUCAAGACGUAAAACCGUGCGUGAUGUGAGCGGGACAUCGAGUGCGUGUAAAGGCCCAAACUGUGCUCUGGAUAUGAGAAUGUGAUCAACACAAAAUCGAACAAUUUAAACUGAUUCUAUACGUGUCUGGCGACAGUUAAAACGCAAGUAAAUGCUCUGUCAUCUUACUGAUGAGAACGAACAAUGGGGACAGUAACCUAUUUUUGAGAGUCUGGAAAAAUGUCUCACAUCAGGAUAUAUUUUCAGUGGCCUUCGUCAUCUUGAUAGGUCUAAAAGAAGGACAGUAUAUUAUGCACUAACUGUUUCUGAAAUGAAGGACCCACUGGGCACAGAUGUCAGUUCAACCUCUAAUUUUUAUUUAAAUUUGAUUGAGUUGUCAACUAUUGUGAA